CAACGUAUUCCCGAUCGUUUUUCACGCGUGCGGCUUUCCGCGGCGUGAAUCCUCGCGAAACGUCAUCGCCGCGGGGAUCUCGCCGCGCGAAAACCGCGACAAUCGGCUGUCAAAACAUAACCUCGCCGCGCCGUUGUUGUCACCGUCGUUUGACGUUUCGCCCGUGCACGGGGCCCUCGCCCUCCUCAUUGAGUUUCUCUUAAUUUAAGGGCAACGCGCGACCUUCACGUCACGCACGGUUCCUUUCAUUCGCCUCUACGCUUCCUCCUAAAUUUCGCAAAAAAACGAAAAUUGCAUUUCAGAAAAGUUUCGUUUUGUAAUAUCGCGUAGUAUUAUUUUUUCAAUCUAUUUCCAGACUCGCAUUUUAAAACGAUCGUUUGUCCGUUCGAUACGAGAAAGAUUUAUAUAAAUUUAUCGCUACAAAUAUUGCUACGGCUCCGAGACUGGACAGUCAAAAAUGCGUUAUUAGGCUUAUAAGGAUGUAGUUCUUUAUGAUACCGUUUAAUGUAAUAUGUAGAGAUUAAUAUUGUGCUUUUCUUAUUUCAUGAUAUUCUUUCCUCGUGACGUUCAUCCUCGAAACAGCAUUGGUACUGCUAGCAUUUGCUGGGUCCAUCGGAAUGACAUUUGUCAUUCUCGGUUGUGCAUUACCCAUAUACAAAGUAUGGUGGCCAUUUUUCGUUGUACUGUUCUACAUACUGGCACCUAUUCCAACUAUAAUAGCACGCCGCUAUACAGAUGAUUCGGGAACCAACAGUAAUCCGUGUUUAGAGUUGGCGAUAUUUAUUACGAUGGGAUGCGUGGUGUCCUCUUUUGCUCUUCCAAUUGUGUUGGCGCGAUCUCCGGAGGACCAGCCAGUGAUACAAUGGGGCGCUUGCUACCUGACAUUAGCAGGCAAUAUUGUUGUGUAUUCCACUCUAGUCGGAUUUUUCAUAACUUUCGAUCAGGACGAUACCGAUUACAACAUGUGGUGAGGUACUACUGCAUCGUACUUACUCAUCAUGAUAAAAAAAACGUUUUUUAUGCGAUUAAAGGGAAAAAAUAUCAAUCAUGCAGUGCACUGACUGAAAGCUACAUGUUUAUUCUAAAUUAUACUAUGAAACUUAUUGUACACAGUUUACAUAAUAACCUUAAUAUGGAUACUCUACUAUAUUGAUGCUGCAAAGGAAAAAAAUAGUAUUAUAGUGCACUAACGAUAGAAUGUCGGUGAGGCUACGCUGGUACGGCUACGCGGUACAUUGGAUUCUGCGCGCGUUACGAAGCAGCGAAAGAGGAAUAAUAUGCAUUUGAUGUCUUAGAUUUUUCGUAUGGGACUAUUCAGGUUAGCCUGAAGCGCAACAAUGCAAGGAUAAUGUUGAAAAUAUUUUUUAUUUAAUCUAAGUCUUUCGUAAUAAUAAUGGUAAUAAAAGUUACGAUUUAUUACUUCA